AUGCAGUCGACCAUCACGCUCGCCCGCCGCACCGCCCUCUCCUCCGCACCGCGCCUCACCGCCCGCCGCACCCUCGCAACCGCCCCGCGCGACACGUCGACGUACAAGCAGACGAUCGCGGGCGACAUCAAGCCGACGGCGUGGAACGCGCGCAAGACGGCCGCGAGGGAGGUCGGGCCAGUGUGGGCGUGGCCUUUGCUCCUCAUCACGGUCGGCGCCGGCGCCGUGACGCUCUACUUCUCGAGCGGCAAGGGCAAGACCGAGCUCGCCAACAACCUCGAGGCGCCUCCAUCGCCGUUCAAGGUCCAGAAGUAGAGAUCCUGCUCUCCUCUUCCCGACAACGCACGACGACGCCCCGCCCGCGCUCUCUCUCUCUCUCUCCUCGCACACGACGACACAGCAACAGCCCAUCUCUUUCAGCAGCAGUUGGUUACCCCCCCUCAGUGCAGUGUACCUAGCAUUUUUCUUCCUCGC